AUGGAGCCACUAUUUGAGGAAUACCUGGCAAAUCGCGGAACCACAGUGAAACCUUACUACUGGCUAAGCUUCUCUCCAGACUGCUCCGAUUGUCCUUACCAUAUUCGGACAGGUGAGGAAGCACGCGUUUCCUACGCAGAAUUCUAUCAGAUUUUUGGCUUCCCUUAUGGGCCAACACAUCCUCAAACGAAACACCUCCUGUUUUAUGAGCUGAAAACUUCCAGUGGGAGGCUGGUGCAAAAGGGGCACGUUAGCAGUUGCACCGCGAAUGCUACUCACCCGGAAUCAAUGCUAUUCGAGAGGAACGGGUACUUGGACGUGGCCGCCUACAAUAACGAUGGCAUCAGGCACAUCGUGCUGUAUUCCAGCAGCUCCCCUUGCAACGAAGCUGCCCACUGCUGUGUCAGCAAGAUGUACAACUUCCUGGUCACGUACCCGGACGUCACUCUGAGUGUUUACUUCUCUCAGCUCUAUCACACUGACCCUGAUUUUCCGGCCUCGGCGUGGAACUGGGAAGCUCUCCGGAGCCUGGCCAGUCUGGGGCCGAGGGUCACUCUGAGCCCAAUAAGUGGCGGGAUCUGGCAUUUUCUCCUCCACAACUUUGUGAACGGUUUCAGAUCCACUGUCUUCCCGCCCAUUCUAAAGGGGAGAGCGCUGGCCGAUAGGCGCAAUGCCUAUGAAAUCAGUGCCAUAACAGGAGUGAAACCUCAUUUCACUGACGUCCUUUCCCAGACGACAGAGGACCAGGAUGCAACCGCUCAGGCAGCUGCUAGCAGCUCCGCCUUCAACAGUGUCUUUCCUGCACAGUCUCUUCAAGUGACAAGUGCAGGACCACAGCCCGGCCUGAUGCCAGACCUCAGGGUCCCCGUGGUCUUUGUGCUCGUGCCUGUCAGGGAUCUACCGCCCAUCCACGUUGGUCAAAACCCAUAUAAGCCCAGGAACGUCGUCAGGCACUUAAACAUGCCCCAAAUGCUAUUCCAGGACACCAAGGACCUGCAAAGGCCGGCCACUGCCACGCCAUUGGAGACGGUGGACAUCACAGAACAGUCUGUAAGUAACAAGGCAGACGGAAAGAAGAAGAAAGGGAAAGGGAGAAAUAACGUCUACAUUCCUACAACAUAA